AUGUUUCACGCCGAGGAUGCCGACGUCCAAUUACCGCCCCUGUCCUCGCCUCCGAUUCGAGAAAAGGAAAAACAGGUGUCUGGGACUGUAUCGACGCUGUCUUACUACUUUGGGGCGACGGUUGAAGAUCUCGGAAAGGACCUGGCGAUGUAUCAAGACGUGCCGGACGAUGGAACGGAGAUGACGAAAAUCAUAGAGGACCGAGAUCAGCGGGACUCCGAAUCACACUUGCCAACUCGUCGUACACGCCUCCGAACUGCUCACCAGCUCAAAGAUUCCGGAGCGAGCCAUGUGUUUGUUCAUCCUGCGCUAUUGGGAACACUCUUCAAGGCGUUUGAGAUACUCAAUGUCCCUGCCAACGACGCUCAAAAGCGCGUCGUGAUCAUGUCGUAUGGGACUUUACCGAUACAGGGAACUGAAAAGUUUACUCAACUCGACUCGUUACUCCGCGCCGGCAAGCUCGCCGCCGAAGAAGGUUCGAUGGAGAGCUCAGCAACGAGACUGUCUAUCUGUGUUACUCGUCUGGGACCACCGGGCUCUCCAAGGACAACACACCAUAACAUGAAUACGGUUCUUACCAUUUGCCGGCCUGCCUUUCCGGGUAUGAUACCCGCCAUGCUUGGUAUUCUGCCAUUUUACCAUAUCUACGGCUGUGUCAAGUUGGUUCAUUAUCCUUUCACAGUGGGAGUCCCGGUUGUGAUUUCCCCGCCUUUCAACCCAGAUGAAUUCUGCUCGUACAUUCAGAAAUACAAAAUCUCCGGGGCAUUGAUUGUCCCUCCUGUCUGGUCGUCCUGGCAUCACACCCGGCAGUCGAUAAAUACGACAUCUCCUCGCUUCGUUUCUUCUUUUCAGGCGCCGCGCCCCUCGGAGCAGAACUCCAAGCCCGCGUCCAACAACGUCUUCACGAGCCCCACGUGCACGCUGCUCCCGUUACAAUGGGCCGAGCAAAAAGUCGGGUCUGCGGGAGAGUUGUUGCCUAAUCUCGAGGCGCGGUUGGUUACCGAGGACGGAACGGACGCCAAGGAAGGCGAGCCUGGAGAGUUUUGGCUACGAGGACCGAGCGUGAUGAAGGGAUACUUUAAUAAUCCUACCGCGACCGCCAACGCGAUCACUCCCGACGGGUGGUUCAAAACAGGCGACAUUGCGGUCCGCGACAAGGAAGGAUUCUUCACGAUCGUCGACAGACUCAAGGAGCUUAUCAAGUACAAGGGGUUCCAAGUGCCCCCUGCCGAUCUGGAGAACGUCCUCUUGACCCAUCCCGAUAUCGUCGAUGUCGGUGUGAUUGGUGUACAUUCCGAGGAACAGGCCACCGAGCUGCCUCGUGCAUACGUUGUCCAUCGUGCAGGCUACAACUCGUUCAAAUCCCAAGCCGAGCGAGACGCAUUUGGAAAACAAGUCGAAGCAUGGAUCCAGACUCGAGUUGCCAAGCACAAGUUUUUGCGCGGCGGGGUCUCGGUGAUUGAGGCGAUUCCGAAGAGCGCGGCCGGGAAGAUCUUGCGUCGGCAGUUGAGGGAUUUGGCGAAGAAGGAGCUGGAUGUUGUGCGGCCCAAGGCUAAAUUGUGA